CCCUUUAUCCACUCUUUGGAGACUCAAGUUUCUCAAGAACCAAACACAAUUUAUGCUGAAUAGUUGCUGAAAUAAAGUAGGAGAAUUUACAAGUUCCUGGUGGUAGAGAAAUGGCUAAGCUCUUUCUCUGUUGCGACUGGAAAAUUUUGCCAGAAUUACCAGUUCAUGCUCACUUCAAUACUACGUGUACAAUUGGUGAACACAAAAGAGGGAGCACAUUAAUACCAUUCGCCGCCAACUCUUUCUCCCUUAAUUCGAUCGGAAAAAGGUGCCAAAAAUGUGCAGGCAAAGGUGCUAUAGAGUGUCCUGGAUGUAAGUUUUUGUUCACUCAGGGAACAGGAAAGAAUAAGAAGAAUGGGAACAUCUUCGAGCGUUGGAAAUGCUUUGAUUGCCAAGGAUUUGGAUUAAAGAGUUGUCCCAGUUGUGGAAAGGGAGGACUAACUCCAGAACAGAGAGGAGAAAGAUAAUCUGCUCAUGUGUUUGAAAUUAUAUAUAUAUGUAUGUAUGUAUGUAUUUACAUAUAGAUAUAUAACUUUAUGUAAAUCUCUAAUUUGCAAGGUUCAGCAAGUCAAAUAAUGUUUGCAAAUAUUGCUAACACAUUGCACGCUGUAAUAUAUAAUGGAAUAUUAGUGUACUCUGUGCAUAAAUACAGGCAAAUGAGAUCCACUAUGUUUAAUUUGCUAUAGUAAUAUCUUUCUUUUCUUUUUUUU